AUGCGCAUUGUGACAGCCGGCAGAUCAACGUCCGCCAGAACCUCCGACGAGCGGCGUACCAGCGACGUACAGUCCGCUAAGUCCGGUGCAUCUGGUGCGUUUACAAUCCGUUUUUCAGCUGCACGUUCUCGCCACCCGGUUAAUUCAAUAUGGCGUCAGGAGUGACGGUUUCAGACGUCUGCAAGACAACCUACGAAGAGAUCAAAAAGGACAAGAAGCAUCGUUAUGUGAUCUUCUUCAUCAAGGACGAGCGACAGAUCGACGUGGAGGUGAUCGGUGCGCGCGAUGAGGAAUACGAGCAGUUCCUCACCAACCUGCAGGCGGGCGGUGCCGGCGAGUGCCGCUACGGCCUCUAUGACUUUGAGUACAUGCAUCAGUGUCAGGGCACGUCCGAGUCCUCGAAGAAGCAGAAGCUCUUCCUCAUGUCCUGGUGUCCCGACACCGCCAAAGUCAAGAAGAAGAUGUUGUAUUCCAGUUCGUUUGACGCGCUGAAAAAGUCGCUCGUCGGUGUACAGAAGUACAUCCAGGCGACCGACCUGUCGGAGGCUAGCCAAGAGGCCGUCGAGGAGAAGCUGCGUGCCACCGAUCGCCAAUAGUUUCCUACCUUAUCCUUCGAUCGCUCGAUUGAGAAUAAUAAUAAUAAUAAUGACUGUCACACUCACCCCAUUUUCUGCAACUCGUUUUUCCGGCGUCGGACCACCCAACCAAUCAGCCAACAGUUAAGAACCGCGUAACGCUAAUCCAGUGACGAACGGACAACCACCUCCCCACCACCACCAUUUUCUAAACGUAAUGAACAUAUUGUCGAUUUUUAUAUGAUUAUAAUGGAAUACGAAAUUGCGAGCGAGCAAAGUUAAAUAAUAAAAUGAAACACGUAAGCGAAGGUAAAGUCGAAAACGGGUGGCACUAUUUAUAUAAGUAUUUGAUUAUUUAAUAAAGCUUCAUUUUUAAACUGUA